CGAAAUUCUAAAGCAUCGUCCUAGAGUACCCUCUCUCUCAAUCCCGCUGACCCCCCCACCCCAAUUUUCCCGGGGGCCCACCCCCCUCAAGCAAAUGCAGGGUUCCCCGGCCCCCGGUGCAGAGACCCCGGGGGUUCAGCAGGGUUCGCUCGGAAGACAGCUGAGACCUGAACAAGAGAGAGACAUCGCGAUAUUUCGCGGGUUUAAAGCUCUCAAGCUUGUUCUUGACGCAGUGUGGGCUUCGGUGCAAAUCAGCAGUGGGAUAUUCCCCAGUCACAGAGAGACAAAACCGGAGAGAGAGGUAGCGGGCGAAGGAGGGAAGAAUGCUGGUGAGGUUGCAAAUGGUGGGGAGGAAAUGGAGGAAGGAGGGGAAACCAUGCGCGAGGACAGUGCGAAAGGAACACAACACAAAGAACCAAAGCCAAGAACACACGCAGCAAGAAAGUUGGAUUUCAACGAAACUGACAAAGGAGGUGGCAGAGAGACCAUGGCAGAGGAAAGUGUGUCCAAGUCACACUCUGCCCCUCCCUCUCUGGAGCAGCUGUACGCCACAGAGGUCCUGGAGAGACUGCAGGAGGCCAAGACGUGCGUCUCUCUCCUCUACCCUCUCAACUACCGUCUGGAGAUCCUGGAAAACAUGUUCUCCCUUCUCUUCCUCGCCAGCGAAGACAUUCGCCCCCCAGCCCAGUCCGACAGCACUCGUCAUCGUUCCUCCUUCACCUCCAACGCUAGCGGAGGCCGUCACGGUAGCACCUGCAGCUCAAACGGUCAGAACGGAUCCCUGGAUAUGAAUCUCCCACCUCAUCAGAGCGACUGUGAGUUCUCUGCGGCUUUGUCGUCUAUCGCUCUCAUUCGUAGCAAGCACGGGUUUCUGGUGAGUGAGCGGGUAGCCGGAGACCUGCUGAGUGUCCUACAGGACAGUAUGUUUGAGAUGAGAGCUGCUCGGUAUGUCCUGACCCAGCCGACAACAAGUGGGAUGACGACUCUUCAAUCUGACGCGAUCCACUGUUCCAUCAGCUCGUCCUCGGCCCAGCAGCGCAGCGCCAAGUUGGAGCAGUACAUCAACGAAGCUCGCUGGCGUUUGCAGCUCGUCUCGUCCAAACACGGGAUCAGGGUUGAGCAGAGAGGCGGCGUAGUCACUGGAAGUCUGAAGGAGGGUGAACUGAGCUCUAGUAGUGUGGACAGCGGGUCAGAGAUCAGCGAGAGCGACUCGGAACCAGAGGGGACACGAGUGAGAGAGGUGAGGAGGAAGCAGUCGCGAAAAGCCUCGUCGGACGCCAAACCUUCCACAGUACAGCGAGCUCCGGAGCCAGAGGUUGCCCCUUUCGUUAGCGAACGUCCUCCGUCUACCAUACUGAGCUCGAGGUCGGUUCAGAUUGGCAGGGUUUCCCCCAUUCCGUCACUCCGGUCCCCCACGUGGGGUAUACCCUCCUCGCUCCACAUCCAAACAUACUCCUCUGCCGUCUCCCCCAGCCUCAGUCCCAGGUCCGGAGACCGUUCCAGAAUGAGACAGAGGUCUCCGCGACCCUUGGGGGCGAGCGGGGGAGACCCUCCUCGUCAACACCGUUCGCCUCUCCCCGACUUCUCGUCUUCCUCCCGUCCGUCAUCCGACCAGAAGCCAUCGACUCCAAUUCAACCUGAUCCCGGUUUAGACAGUGGAGAGUGGGCCGACGUUGACGAGAAGUCCCCACAACACAAUCGCGACGGCCAAAGAAAGAAGAGACUACGCAGCCGCAGCCUUCAGGCAGCAAAGAAACGUCGAACGAAAGUGAGCGAGAGAUCGGACGCGGGGAGUGCCCACGGGAGUGUUGUUUCGCAGAUGCUCGCCUCCCCGGGCUCCUACUGCGAACGUGUCUCCGUCACUCCAACUACUCACGGGCGCACGAAGUCCUCAAGAUGUUUGGAAUGGAGAACCAGUUUGGAAAGAGCUUCGUCCAUUUCUCAGAGAAGUACGAAUGCGUCUGCCGAGAACUGGCGGAGCAGUCUCGGUGGAGCUCCACCCCGAAAACCUCUCCUUCUCUCACACCCCAGGAGAGAAACCGUCAGCAGUUUCAUCAUCGCUCGUCGUCGUCUUCUUCCUCUGUUCUUCUUCAUCCCGACACCCACCUUCAUGUAGCCAUUGCAAACGCAACGAGCAGCUCUUCGGCGCUGGAAAGUCUCCAUCAUCUUCUCGCUCCUUCCUCCCUCCACCGCAUGUUGCUGAGUGGCGACGAGCACCUCGAGAGAGCUGCGCAGGACUCGGCAAAUCUUCAGACCCUCUCCCAGCACGUCUCGUCUCUCGUGAUGCUCGACGUGGUGUCCAGCACUAAGACGGAGGGCCAGGUGGCGAGGAGGAUCGUGGAAGAGGCCAGCGGCCGCUGUCAGUCAGUUUUGGAGUCCCUCUCCACCACCAAAACUCGCUCGGGGGCGCGUCGGUUCUCCUCGGGGAAGAAGGCAGGCGUCCAACACGAAGUCAGUCUCCCCGGACCCUUCUCCCUCCUCCAGCUGUUCUCAGAGGUGUCUGGCUACUUCAGCCCCGCGCUCCCCCUACCAGGUCUCUCCCGCCUAUCCCGACACCCGCCGUACCACUCUCCUCACAUCCUCCUCUCGUCCUUCCUCGGCCCCCUGAGAACCCCCUCUGUCGUGGCAUACAAAUCAUUCCAAGAUUCAUACCGCAACGCCCGAGACCGCCUCUCCAAGCACCUCAAGAAAGACAUGGACGUACCGGGCGACGUCAUCACAGCAUUCGAACAGUCUACUUCGCCACUGGAGGAACCGCAGCGAUCUCUGUCGCAGGCUCUCCGCAGACCAAACAUUCUCGACGCCAUGUUCGAGGAGCUGCUGCACGUGUUAGAGGGAGACGGUCGUCGCUCGCCGGUUCUCGUGGGAUCUCCACGGCAACGGGGACUGAUGCGACGGUCCUCGUCUGUGCUCCUGAAGGCGGGGUCUACCUCGCCCGAAGUGGGCGGAGUCAGCACAAACUUUGUCCUCCAGUUCAGUAACUAUCUGAGUCAGCUCAUGGACCUGUUGAUUAAAUGCCUCUCUCCUUCUCCAUCAGCCCUCUCGGAGGGAGCUCUCCUACUGUCAGUCCUGCAAGAGAGCCCCAGUAGACUCCUCGGUCGUCUCGUGUUCGAGGUGGGCGUGGCCCCGACGAGACUGGAGUGUCUCAUGUCGUCUUUCCACCACAUCCACAUGAUGGAGGUCCUCGUUCGCUGCUGCUGUCCGCAGCUCCCGGCUCUCCCUCUCCCCCUCCCUCUCCCCCUCCCCACUCUAUCAGAUGUCCAGAGCCCAGCGGGUGUGGUUGCUUUGAACGAGGGGGAGUGUCCGCAAGAAGCAGUCCCGCUCACAGAUCUCUGUGCCUUCUCUGAGAAACUGCUCACAAACCUUCUAUCUCUCGUCAAAGAGCACUCGGUCCAGACGGCAACACAGGAUCAUCUGGUCUCCUCAGACGACCUCCUUGCCAUCUACAACUCCCCAAAGAUGAAGACUCUCAUCUCCAAGACAACCCGCCUCGCCUCUGUUGACCUUCGAACCCUGACCACGCCCACUGAGCAGACCUCGUUCUUCAGCAACGUCGUCAAUUUCCUCUAUGCCCACUGCCUCAUGUUCUGCAUCGCCGAGGCCCACGGCAGGGAAACCGGGGUACUAUCUCGGAGUAAGAUUAGUCUCCUGGAGUUGGAGCGGAGUCAGUUACUCCAGGCCGGGGUACUCACCAGACUGGGGUACCACGUGGGUCAGCUGGGCGUCGUCAGUUGCCACGACCUCCAUCACACCGUCCUGCGCCGAAGUCUGUCUCCUCCACUGUCUGGGAGAGACACGCCCCUUCUCUGUCGCAUUGCUCCAGUGAAGCCAGAUCCCUGGGCCCAGUUCUCCCCCUCGUCCCCCGACCCUCGGAUCCUCUUCGCGGUCCACGCUGGCCCCGCCUCCUCUCCGCUGCCCCUCCCCCUCCACCCGGACGACUUCUCUUCCUCACUCAAGACUGCAGAGAGACGCUACCUCUCGAGGACCGUUCGUGUCGAUGUGGCUGCCAAGGAGGUGACAGUCCCCCAGAUGCUGUACGAUCACCGAGACGACUUUGCUCGGCCGGUCUCGAGCGAGAAACACGGGAACUCCUCCCUCCACUACCUCCCCGAUCUCUCCCUCCUCACCUACCUCCUCUCCCACGUCGACAGCGAGCUGAGCAAGCUCCUGCAACCCCUCGUGACUGCCUGCGAAACUGCCGUGACUCGCAAGCACCCGCUCCCAGUCAAGGUGACGGUUCAGAACGAGGAACUGAGACUCGGGUAUCGGUUCCUCGGAGCAGAGGAUGGGAAUCGGGUAUCGCGGACUGGGAAUGAGACCGCGGGAGGAUCGGAAUCAGCCGUCACGUCACCCCGGAGGAGAAUGAGUCGACUCCGCAGCCAGACCGAUGUCCUAGAUUCCACCGGUUCCUCGCAGGGACCCCAGCUGACGAUCAAGAAAGGUUACACAUUCACUCCGGAGAUCCUGACCUUUGUCACCCACCAAAACCCCCUGUUGGCUGCGCUGAUCCAUCUUCUCUGUCCCCCUCCUCCCUCUCCUCCCUCCAUCUCCCUCCCUUCCUCCUCUGCAACGGCAACGACUCCUCAUAGGAAGAUGAACAAAUCUGUACCGGCCACAGGCUCGGAAGAAGAAGGUACGACGGGUGUGAGUGUGACGGGAGAAGUGUCAGAGGGAGAAGAGAGAGAAGACAGCGGUCGAAGAGCGAUGACGAUGUUUGCAGUGAGGAGUCGCGUAAAGACGUCGCUCGCCCGGCGGACCUCCUACGACCACCACGCCCCUCUCUCCCCCUCCCUCUCCUCCUGGCAACGAGACCUGGAGGACGUCCUGGUUCAGUUCGUCACUCACAAACCCAUGCAGCACUUCCUGCAGGCGAGACUCGCAAACUUUAACUCCAUUCUUCCUUGGGACCUCCCCACAGCCCGACCCACUUCUUCCGUCGGAGGUGGUGGUGGUAGGCGGAGCAUGGGCGGGGCUAGCUCCUCCCUCCCCAAGCCAAAGGAAUCUCUGAGAGUUUUGGCUCUCCUCCCCGCCCGAGGACACGCCCUGGGCUCCGCCUGCAACUACUCUCUUCAUCGUCUCGUCGAGAGCGGUCGAGUCCAGGAAGCCAUUGCUUUCCUGGCGAGUGAACCCGCCGCUUGUCACCGCAACCGAACCAGUCUCCUUGCCGAUAUUGCCCUCUCCUCUGCCUUCGUCAAGAGCUAUUCUGAGAUCCUGUCUCUUGGGCAGAGCGGAGAGAUGGCCGGCGAAACUCUCUCCUCCACUUCCUCCUCCUCCUCCUCUUCUUCCUCCCCCCUCUCCCUCCUCUUCCAGCUCUCCGACCCGGAAAUGGCGGCACGAUUGGUCCUCUCUUCCCUCCACAACUGGCCUGUAGAUGUUUGCUGCGAUCUCCUCUCCCUCUCCUCUCACCACCUCCCUCCCUCCUCCCCUCUCCUCCCCGCCGUCCAGGACAAACUGCAGCGGAUGCAGAUCUACUCGACCAUCAUGGGCAAAUGUCGGAGUCUCUUGCUGACUCGCUCCGAGAGAGAGAGGAAAAAGGAGCAGCGAUCGUGGUCUCGCUGGACCACCCUUGCCAGAGACUCGGAGAGCAAGCCACAGUUUGUGUUGGGAAUGUUACUGACGGAGAGGGAGUUUGAGCUGUCCAGGAGAUGGGCUCUCGUUCACUCGCUGUCUCAGAGGAUCUGUCAGCAAAUAGAGGUUGACUACCUGUCAACGCUGCUGGAGGGCCAGUCACCCGAUCCAUUGUCGGCUCACAGAGUUUUGGACAGCCUUCUCGAGGACAAGCUUCGCCUGCGGGUCUGCGAGUCCGUCCUGGAGCACAGGAUGAAGGAUGCAGCUGCCGGCGCUCUCGACCACGUGGAGACCACCAUCUUCAUUCUGCAUUACAUCACCUCCAAACUGGGGAAGGUAGUGGGGGAGAAGCAGAGGCUGAAGUACAUGAACUGGCUCCUGGGAGCCAAGGCCCUGCUCAGUCUACCGAGAGAGGAGAGACAGGACUACAAGUCUCUAAUGGGAGAUGCCGCUCUACUGGUGGAGCAACUACUCAUCCACAAGAAGACGGAGCUGGCAGCGAUGGUGGUGAAGGAGUUAAGAAAGGACCAUCACAUCGGUUGGCUCACAGUGUCCGACAUGCCGAGGACUGGCUCCGCCCCCUCUUCCCUCCCGAAGGACGAAACUAACGAUCCAUUCACCGACCUCUUCAUCUUCUACGCCAGCAAGGCCCUGGAUUUCCCCGAGCCUGUCUUCUCCUCCAGCAACAAGACCUACUCUGUUGCAACUACGGCCCAGUCGACUCGCCCCACCUCACCAGGUCACACCUCACACCCUCCCACCGUCCCCCUCACCCCACACACCUUCACGGAACCCCCCUCCCGAACCACCUACACACAUCACCGCAGGUUUACUCUCUGACUGACAGCGAAAAGAAAAAAUAUUUUGAAUCUCUGUGUUAACAUUUAUUUCAGGCGUUCUUCUCAGGCACCCAUUAGUCCAACCCCGGCAUACCACACUAUGGACUCCGCCCAGAAUUAUGAGCCUCCGCCCGUGCCCCCGCCCAAGGAGAAGUGGGUGCCUGACUCGAAGGCAAAGAACUGUCCCAUCUGCCGCAGUGCCAAUUUUGGAAUGUUCAAUCGUCGGCACCACUGCCGGAGGUGUGGACGUGUGGUGUGUGCUCGCUGCUCCCCUCACCUCACCGCUGUGGACGGCUACGAUCGGCCGCAGAGGACCUGCAAAGACUGCCACUCCUUCCAGAAGAACACCAGCAUUGAAGAGAGUGGUCAGUCCUCAGAGUACCAGGCCACUCUGGCCAGUGUCUACCCUGCUCUCUCACAUAACCAGAGAUGGAAACUCCUACCCAACGACAACGCCUACAAUAACAAUAUCCGGUCAGAGUUUGGCUACGAGGAGAGUCCAAAUUGGGCUCUGUGUCUGACGCUGGUUGACCUGCUCCUCUCUCGGGGAAUGGCCGCCGCAUGCCUCCUUGACCGCUGCCAGUCCGUCUCCCUCCAGCUCGUCUCCGACUCCCGCGACAACAUCAAUCGAGAGGUCGACCAGUACUUCGUCAUCGGUGUGAUACAGAAUCUGCUUUGGAGUGCAAAGCUGAGGUUUGAAGAAGCCACUGAUCUCUCUGGAGUCGAGAUCUGUGACACGUACCUGAGUCGAGUGGACCUCCUCCGCCGGCUGGUGUCCUCUCGUUCCCGCGUCGUACCCUCGAUCCAGGAGCUGGCCAAGCCAGAGCUGGCGCGACGGGUCAGGGAUCGCCUCGUGCAGGAAGACCAGUUUGAGUUGGCCAUGGAGGUCUCCACCAAGUGUCAGUUGGACACCAGCGUCGUCUGGUCUGCGUGGGGCGUGGCUUGUCUUCGCUGCGGAGAGCUCGCCAAGGCUCGCGAGAAGUUUAGACACUGCUUCCAGAUGAGCUCCCAGCGGGGGUCAGGGGUCACGGCAGGUAGGCGGAGCUCCGGAAUGGGCGGGGCCGGCACGCAGCAGCUGCUGGAGAGGAUUGUGGAACAGUUGGAGCAAAGCCCCCUGUCCAUCACUACCAAAUGUGCUCAGCCGACAGAGGACUGGUCCAGUGUGAUGAUGGCGUGCAUGUCGCUCACAGAGAAGCACUCGGAGGACUGUGACCUCGACACCCACAGGUUCUCAGAGUGUCUCCACUACCUCCAGUCCCACGGAGGCCAAUCCGCCACCGUGGCCUUCUUUGUCAGACACAACUGCUGGACCGACGCCUGCAAGUACAUUCUGGACGAGAGGUGUUCAGAGGAGGUGUUUGUGGAGCAGCUGUGGGUCCCGGCCCUGAAGGCUGGGGUGAUAGAGAAGGUCCAGGACAUUCUGAAGGCUCUGAACCACUCUCUGGUACACUGGGAGCCCUACCUUACCGCCGUCUGUCGCCACUUCUCGCAGCGAUCUCUCUACCACAUCCUCUACCAGACACAGCUCUACAUGAGGGACUUUAUCAGAGCGGGGAUGACUUGCAUCAAGUUCUUCAUCGGUUUCUCGGGCCGCAGCACAACCAUCACUGACCUCUUUUCUCGUCGGCACUACCUCAUCACCGCCCUCAGACACUUCCAGUCAGCUCUCGAUGCGAAGCAGCGGGCACACGGGGACCGAACCCCGGGGGUCGGGAGGGGGCGUGGUGGGGGGUACCUCCGCAGUGGGGGCGAGGACCCUCACCUCUCGCUGGCCACGUCCACAAAGAACAUGAGUGUCUCUGACUUGAAGAGCCACAUCACCACCAUAGAGCUGCAGAUGAGGGUCACGGAGUUUUUGUACCGAUGUGCAAAGGCUUCGAACAGUCUUCAGACUCCACUGACGUCCUCCGGGGAAGGGGGCGUGACCAACAGCUCUGGGGGUGUGGCCAGGAAGCUGGUACAGCCGGUAACUCUGUUCAGUAGUGGGCACAUGAGAGCCGAGGUGGCCGUCCAGCUUAUGCUGCGCAGUCAGGACAUCUUGGAGGGCUUCGAACUUGCUCAUAGCAUUGUCACAACGUACAGACUGCCCACUGUCCAACAUUUUCUGCGAGACGUCGCGAGGUCUGGCGGGAGCCCUCCGCUACAGCGACAUACGUGUCCUCCUAGAGUGUGCCAACAAGAGCUCGUUUGCAUCGGACUCCCUCAAUGAUGAGAUCCUAAUGGCUGCCAUCAAAGUCUUAGCAAGCCACUCGAAGGAGACCAAACAAGUGGAGAAACUGGUAAAUCUACUGAGGAAUGAGAGGAGCAAGAUCAAGGCCCUAGUGCAGUGUGGGAAGCUGAAGAACGCCUACCUCACUGCCAUAAAGUCUCGACUGGUGGACGAGGUCGUCAACAUUUCCCAGAUCGCCGAGAAGGCGGGGCAGCUGCCUGUGAGGGACAUCUGUGAGAAGUGGCUCCAGGCAAACGGAAUUCCUCGCAGGACUUGACCCAGCGGCUAUUUAGCUCUGUCUCUGCCUAACUUAUCCAAGUGUGGGGUGUGGGUGUCGAAGUCAAGGCGUUCGUUUUAUGUAUGUGUGAAGAGUGUGCAAUCAUGGGCAUUUUUGGCACAGGUUAUUAUUUAUUAUAGCCAUGCAUGUACAACCAAUUGUGUGUGUGUGGUUUAUUAUAAUAUAAUUAUCAUGAGA